AUGGCCUUGGGCAUUGAUGUGCGCACCAUGACGGCGAACACCACUACACCACAGCCCGACUCCUCGCCCUGCUGCCCAAGCUGCGGCGUUGCUCUGCUGUCCCUGGCCGAGUCGGGCGACCCGACCGCGGCCCUGCUCGCCGCCCAGAAGACCAUCGCCGACCUCCAGGCCCAGGUCCGGCUCCUGAACCAGAAGGCCGCCGCCGCCGUCGACCGCUGGGCCGACUACGAGGACGAGCUCAGCCGCCUGCGCGCCGCCAGCACCUCGACCGCAGCGACCACCAACAACACCGCAGCGAAGCGCACGAGCACGCCGCCGCCCUCCCAGGGCACCAGCAUCCCCGCCAGCAGCCCGCGCACCAGCUUCCUCAGCACCGGCGCCAACCGCAUCAGCCAGAUGCUCAGCCCGCGCAAGUCGACACCCAACCUCUCGGCGGCGUCCCGUGCCUCGGCCUCCUCGCCGUCCCUGCCGCUGCCGGGCGCCCCCGGCGCAAACGGCACGGCCACCACCGCCAAUAUCAACAACAUCACCGGCCUGCCCAGCCCGGCGCCCAGCACCGACGACCUGCUGAGCGCGCUGUCGCGGGAGCAGAGCCUGCGGCGGGCGGCCGAGGGCCGGCUGGACGAGACGUCGCGCGAGGUCGAGGAGCUGAGCGCGACGCUGUUCGAGCAGGCCAACGAGAUGGUGGCCACGGAGCGCAAGGCCCGUGCCCGCCUCGAGGAGCGCGUCGGCGUGCUCGAGCGCCGCGACGAGGAGAAGCGCGGCCGCCUAGACCGCCUCGAGGUCGCCAUGAGCCGCAUCGAUCGCGUCGGCCGCCUGCUGGACGACCGGGACCGGGAUGGCGACUGA